CUGAAAUCUAAUUGUCAAAUGUUUAUUGAUAUCGACAACGCCAAUCGUAAUGCGGAGGUUUGCUGCAUUUGCGCUGUUUGCAUUGUUUGCUUGACGGCUAGCGUGGCCCAUCCUGAUAACGAUGAUGUUUCUCGACAACGUCUUUAGGGACGGUGACAUUUACGAUUUAUCCCAUUUUAACUGCUCUCUUCUUUCAUAAUAUUUGAGAUGGCUCGCCCGCGUGCUCAAUCGGGUGCUGAUGCCCCGAAAGAACCCCAUGCGGUCUCUUUGAAAGUAUUGCGUCUUUCGCGGCCUUCUUUAUCCUACCAGUCUCCACUCCCAGCAGCCAACACGAAGAUCUCGACCAAAGCGUCAUUAAGCUACCCCUCCGACAAUGCCGACGAUCAAUUUAUUCUCAGUCCUAACCUUACACUCCCUCCUGCCUUUGGAUCGGCCUACGUCGGAGAAACGUUUGCUUGCACACUCGGCGCAAACAAUGAACUUCCAGAAGAAGAAACGUCGCGCGUGGUCACCUCCAUCCGGAUAGUCGCUGAAAUGCAAACCCCAUCACAAGUAGCAUCUCUCGAGUUAGAGCCCGGUAGUGAUGGAGCCCAGGCAGAGGGCCUACAGAAAGGGGAGUCGUUACAGAAGAUUGUCCGGUUUGAUCUGAAGGAAGAAGGGAACCAUAUUUUGGCCGUGAGUGUCAGUUAUACGGAGACGCUGAUGGGAUCCGACUCUCAGGCUGCGGGUGGGCGAGUUCGGACUUUCCGCAAGCUGUAUCAGUUUGUCGCCCAGCCUUGUCUGAGUGUCAGGACCAAAGCGUCGGAGCUGUCACCUUUGGAAGUGGAAAACAAGUCGUUGGGGCCAUAUGGAAAGGCACGGCUUGUGCGGUAUGCUCUCGAGGCACAGUUGGAAAAUGUGGGCGAUGGUGCUGUGGUCGUAAAGACUACCAGACUGAACCCCAAACCGCCAUUCAAAGCGGUCUCUUUGAAUUGGGAUUACGAAAGGCCCGACUCGGUCCAAUCACCGCCACCUACUUUGAACCCACGCGACGUGCUCCAGGUUGCAUUCCUGGUGGAACAAGAAGAAGGACAGCAGGAAGGGUUGGAAGCACUACAGAAAGACAUGAAACGAGACGGCAGAGCGACUCUAGGGCAGCUGUCGAUAGAAUGGAGAGGAGCGAUGGGAGAUAAAGGGUUCCUGACGACAGGAAAUCUACUGACGCGACGACGAGCAUGAAACACAGUGUUUGCAGUGUAAUGACGGUUCCUUACAGCCAGAGCGCUUAGCUGCAUGUGGCAUUUGAAACGGGCGAUCUAGAAGGCUGGACUAUUUGGAGGAGGGAGAGAGAUAAAUAUAGGUAAUACAAGGAUACUUCACAAAUCAGAGUCAUGGAAUGAUAUCGGAGAUCCACUAUCUUUUCCAUCGGGAGAGGGUGUCACAGGCCAUGGGAAGGAUGGGUUUGAAGUAAAUCCAGACCACGAUCGGGAAGCGAAGGGAUUUGACGACAGAUGCCUGAUGCUUUACGGCUUUAUCAGUGUCGAUGGUAGUCUAGAACUGACAGUUGGCAUUCCAGGUGAAGAAUGCUCAGAGUAGGGGAUAUGCAUGUAAUAGGCCAGGAUGAGUUCAGCCCAUGAAUCUAGACUCGUCGAUGCGAUAGCAUUCAGCUGUCGACCAGAACACCAACUGUUAUACUUUAUAGUAUUAAC